AUGGCAGGCAUCAGCAUCAUCUCCACUACUACAGUCGUACCGGCGAGUCAGAACGAGUCAACUCAGAGGAUUGAGUUAACUCCAUGGGAGCUUCAGCUUCUUCUCCUUAGUUCCAUCCAACAGGGUCUCCUCUUUCUCAAGCCUUCAACCCCACCACAAGAGAAUAGCAGCAUCAUAGAUCAUUUGAAAACCUCUCUCUCUCGCACUCUAGACUCGUUCUACCCACUGGCCGGCCGCCUUGGCGCCACCGUAAACGACGACAAUACUACUAGUUUCUUCAUCAACUGUAAUGGCGCCGGAGCUCAGUUUGUCCAUGCUGCUGCGCAUGACGUCACCGUGGCCGAUGUCCUUGAGCCUGCCUAUGUUCCUCGAAUCGUCCUUUCCUUUUUCCCACUCCAUGGAGUCCGCAACUCUGCAGGCGUCUCCGAGCCACUCCUUGCAGUGCAAGUGACUGAGCUUGUUGAUGGGAUCUUUAUCGGUUGCACUGUCAAUCACAUGGUUGCAGACGGCACUUCCUUCUGGCAUUUCUUCAAUUCAUGGUCAGAAGCCUCUCGGAGUUCCAAUAACAUAUCCCUUCCUCCUAUUUUCAAGCCUUGGUUUGUGGAUGAUACCCACUACUCCAUACAAAUUCCUCAGUCGGCACUAGUCUCUGCUAUACCCACUACGCCACCGUUGCAAGAAAAAGUUUUCCACUUCACAAAAGAAAAAAUCGCUACGCUCAAAGCAAGAGCUAAUGCAGAAAUGGGCACCGACCAAAUCUCCUCUUCGCAAGCCCUCUUGGCCCAUCUUUGGCGAUCCGUAAUUCGUAACAGGGGUCUUGCAGAGGAUCAAGAGACUAGAUAUAACUUCCCAAUAGGUAUCAGACCAAGGCUGCGUCCACCAUUGCCCCAGCAAUAUUUUGGGGUUGCAGUUCAGCCCGGAACCGUAACGAUGAAAGCGGGUGAGUUGUUGGAGUUGAGUUUGGGUCAUGCGGCUUGGCAGGUGAACAAGACUGUCGCUGCCUACACUGAAGAAGGAGCCACCAAAUUCUUGGAAUCUUGGGUGAAGAACCCCAAGCUGCUUGGAGGUGGGACAACGAUGAUUAAUGAUUCUUUGUACAUGAGCAAUUCUCCGCAGUUCCAUGUGUAUGGUGCUGAUUUUGGAUGGGGAAAGCCAGUUGCGGUUAGAAGUGGAUGUGGGAACAAGUUGGAUGGAAAGACUACCUUUUUCCCGGGAUCUGAAGAAGGAAGCAUCGAUAUCCAGGUUUGCUUAUCGCCGGAGACCUUGGAGGCUAUGAUGGAAGAUGCAGAGUUCAUGGAGGCUGUCACCAUUUGAUCUUAAUUUCUUUGUAUAGAAUCUUAGGGCUUGUCUCCUCUGUGUGAGCUGCUUUCAUACGCUGGAGCUUAUCUUUGACAUCAACAAUGGAGUUUCGUUUUGGUUCAAUUUCCAUCCA